AGGAUUUUAAUCAUUUUGACAAGAACAACUUUAAUGGCGAAGAGGGGCCUUAAGUUUGGGUAGAGUUUUUUUUUCCAGAUAGAAGAAAGCAGAAUGUUUAUAUGGCAAUGUGAUUAAACUCGUAGAAAGGAAAAACUGCUGCAGAUGAAAGAGGGGAACGUUGUAAAGGGUGGUUGUUGAAUACCUGAGAAAGGAGGAGACCCUAAGCAGGCUGCAGAAACUCAGGGUCCAAACCAUUAAAUGAUGAGAGGGCUAGAAGGUGGCAUAUUGUUUUUUCUGGAAUCCGUUGCGAAACUGUUCUUAUCUACUUAAUGGGAACUCAUUUGAAGUCUGAGUCUUGAGGGAAUAGGCAGAACAGGCAUGUUGGAAGGAAAGUAUGAGUCUCAGAGAUGGCUGUUCUGUGAUUACCCUGGGAUGAUAUUCAGGUGAAGAAAAAUUGUUUGCUGGCCCCCAGGAUACUAAUUAGACCUUUGGCCUGACUCACAGGACACUAAGGCUCCUUUUCUGAAGAAGCUUUUACCAGUCUCAUUUAGGGGAUGGGAACAACAUGUCUUCACCUAGGGACUUUAGAGCAGAGUCUGUAAAAGAUUAUGAGAGAAAUGACUCUGAAGCAGAAGACCUGAAUUUCAGGGAGACUGUGCCUUCAUCAAGUCAGAAAAACACACCUAGAUCAAAGGUUUUUGAAAAUAAAGUUAACUCAGAGAAGGUAAAACUUUGUCUUCGGAAUUUCCCACGUAAUGAUUAUGAGGAUGUUUUUGAAGAGCCUUCAGAAAGUAGCAGUGAUCCCAGCGUGUGGACAGCCAGAGGCCCCUUCAGAAGAGACAGGUGGAGCAGUGAGGAUGAGGAGCCUGCAGGGCCCUCACAGGCUCUCUCCCCUCUACUUUCUGAUACACACAAAAUUGUUUCUGAAGGAGAACUAGAUCAGUUGGCUCAGAUUCAGCCAUUAAUAUUCAAUUUUCAUGAGCAGACAGCCAUCAAGGAUUGUUUGAAAAUGCUUGAGAAAAAAACAGCAGCGUAUGAUAUCAUGCAGGAAUUUGUGGCUUUAGAACUUAAGAAUCUGCCUGGUGAGUUCAACUCUGGGAAUCAACCAAGCAACAGAGAAAAAAACAGAUACCGAGAUAUUCUUCCAUUAAAAGCAGCCAUGCCACCCCCAUCUGAGGAGAUUAAUGCUACUUUACCUGAGGAAACUUUUAUUACCUCCCCUGAGUUUGUUGCCUUGCAAGACAUUGCUGAUUCUUCUCAAGACUCACAGCCACCAUCCUUCAUUGCUUCUAGACCUAUAACUAGACUCAAGUCCCAGCAGGCCCUUAAAGAUGAUUCAACACGCGUUCCUCUUGGAAAAAGCAAGGACUACAUCAAUGCUAGUUAUAUUAGAAUAGUCAAUUGUGGAGAAGAGUAUUUUUAUAUCGCUACUCAAGGACCACUGCUGAGCACCAUAGAUGACUUUUGGCAAAUGGUGUUGGAAAAUAAUUCUAAUGUUAUUGCCAUGAUAACCAGAGAGAUAGAAGGUGGAAUUAUCAAAUGCUACCAUUACUGGCCCAUUUCUCCGAAGAAGCCAUUGGAAUUGAAACACUUCCGUGUAUUCCUGGAGAACUACCAGAUACUUCAAUAUUUCAUCAUUCGAAUGUUUCAAGUUGUGGAGAAGUCCACGGGAACUAGUCAUUCUGUAAAACAGUUGCAGUUCACCAAGUGGCCAGACCAUGGCACUCCUGCCUCAGCAGAUAGCUUCAUAAAAUAUAUUCGUUAUGCAAGGAAGAGCCACCUUACAGGACCCAUGGUUGUUCACUGCAGUGCCGGCAUAGGCCGGACAGGGGUGUUCCUAUGUGUGGAUGUCGUGUUCUGUGCCAUCGUAAAGAACUGUUCAUUCAACAUCAUGGAUAUAGUGGCCCAAAUGAGAGAACAACGUUCUGGCAUGGUUCAAACGAAGGAACUUUCCAGUGUGGCUGAAAAUUACAAAUGUGUUUUCUGAAAGUGGAUUCUGAUAUUCAAUUACUUAACAUUCUGUUGUUUUUUAUAUAUAUGUAUAUAGGAGCAGUAUCACUUUUGUUAUGAUAUUGUGCUUGAAGUUCUUCGGAAACUUCUGACUUUGGAUUAAGAAAGACUUCUGUUGCCUCUCACAAGUGGCUUUGCGCCUCCUCAUAAAGAACAUAUUCGCACUGUGCUGAAGGGCUUUGCUAUGCAUACAGUCUGCUUUCUUGGUUUAUCAAUUUAUUUUCUUUCUAAAAGGUCCCUGAAGGGCAACAUUAUUUGGCUUGGGGUGAACAGUGUUUACUCAUUGAUCUUGCUAGACAAUAUCAAAAUACCUUCCCACAUUUUCCAGUGAAACAGAUGUUACAUAAAACGAUUGCAGCUUGGCUAUUUGGUUGAAGGGAUUACAGAGCCCAAUAAAGGAUUUAAAAUAUA